AUGCCUCCUGUAGCGCACCGUGAUGCGUCGUCCUAUGCCGGUCACUACCUAGCCUGUGAAGAACUGGCUCUCCGCGGCGAGGACUUUUGCCACUGGGCGCUGCAGCCCCUGCACAGGGCCGACACGGCGCGUCAGAUCGCCUUGGACGCCGAGCUCCGGGACCCGGUCGUCUGGGAACAUGAGUGGAACACUUGGCACUAUCUCCUCCUGAUUGUGGUCGCAUUUUGUGUUGUUUCCAUCGCCGUGGAGCGGCUGAGGGUGGGAAGUGAUGGCGCAAAAAGCCUGGUGAGGCGUAUCAGGAGCCUCGGGACUGACAAGGGUGGAUGGCGCAUAUGUGCAUGA